CUUCUCAUUUCAGCCUCAUUGCACUACUCUAGCCUGGCUUUCUCUCUCUCCCGUGCUCUCUCUCUCUCUCUCUCUUGCUCUCUCCCUCGCUCUCCCUCAUCUCAUUGUUUCAGAAGGCCAAAUUUGAAGUCCUUCCCAGGGAGUGGCCCUGUUCAUCUUAAUCUCCAGCCAAAGUAGGAAUAGCGUGAGAAGGAGAGAGACACAGUCAGCAGCCAAAGGACUCGGUGGAAAGAGCAGAGGACCAUAGACAAUAUGCUGCUCUUGGAACCCAAGGUGCUGCUGUUUCUCACCGCACUCAUCAUUCCCUCGGAUCGGACACCUCUAGGGGUCAACAGUCAAGGAGAAGUCAAUGUGACUCAAGCGACUCCAGAAACAUUCACAGAAGAUCCUAUUCUGGCUGAUAUUGAGCCUUCCACAGAUGACCUGGAGUGCCGGGAUGAGAAAUUUGCUUGCACAAGACUCUACUCUGUGCAUCGGCCAGUCAAGCAAUGCGUUCAUCAGUUAUGUUUCACCAGUUUACGACGUAUGUACAUCAUCAACAAUGAAAUCUGCUCCCGUCUUGUCUGUAAAGAACAUGAAGUUAUGAAAGAUGAGCUUUGCCGUCAGAUGGCUGGUCUGCCCCCAAGGCGACUCCAACGCUCCAACUACUUCCGACUUCCUCCCUGUGAAAAUGUGCAUUUGCAGAGACCCAGUGGUCUGUGAUCACCAAGGAACAAGAAAGAAGAAAGAAUGCGUGGGUGGAAGAGAAUGCUCUAGGAAGAGAAAACUCCUGGUCCGAUCAUGGUCGGCUAACACAUACACAGUAGCAUUUCAUAAACCAAACCUUUUGCGAUAUUAAGCUUUUGCCCCUACUCUCUGAUUUUUCACCUAGACUGAUAACAUUUAUCUCAUUUUUCAGAACUUACAAUACAAAGUCUAUAUUAUUUGCAUGCUUCCCAAUAUCGUAGACAUAGUAGAUAAAUGAUGACCACAUGGCUUAUAUACAAACAUUCUACAUAUAAUUUCAAGGGAAAAUAAAUUUAAGGUUAAUAACAUUUACUACUGAAUCUGUCUAAGAAAGAUCUUAGGGUGGAAGAAGCUAUUACUGUCUAUUUUGGCUAGCCAUAGAAACUCAUUUAGGUUCUUUUCAAGUUUUUCCAAGAUUAACUCCCCACUCAUCCAUAAAAUUAUAGACCUCUUUACUCUUAUUUUAACUAUUUUGCUGAUUGUCCUAACAUUUGCCUGGAACGUCCUCCUUAUGAGAAAGAUCAUGAUAAUUUUUUGUAUUCCUAGAAAAUUCUCCACAGCCAAGAGUUAUAUAAUACUGCCAGCGAUAUAUAGUGACCCAAAAUGUUGUUUUCUGCUAAACUCAGAAGCUGAGGCUAAAGAGAGAGGAGUAUGCCAAGUAUAGAACUUGGACUCAUGAAUCUCUGUGUGUUUUUUUGAUGCAGUAGUCUAAUUGGCAAUUAGCGCUUGUAAGUAAGUUUCAUUUGCUUAUUCAUUUAUGGUAGUAUUGGGGUUAGCCCACCUCCACGGGUUAAUUAGACAACUAACGUCAAACCAUAUCACUGGGCUGAGUUUCCCUGAUUUGUUGCUACUUCUUUCAUUCUCACCGUUUACCAAAAUCCGUAAAGAUUAUUGUGCAAUAGAUUCUGGAAUAGCCUGAUUUGGGGCCUAAGAAGGGGAUUCAGAUCAGAACUUUUAAUAGACAGGCAUAAAGUUUGCCUAAUAGGAAAGAGGAAAAGAAACACAUUUAAACAACCCACAUUCUUAUCCUAGGUCUAAUAGUAACCAGGUAGCCUUGGAUAAGUUAUAUUUCCUCAUUAAGCUCUGGUUUAAUUUUCCCAUCUUUAACGUAGAAGAUUAAAUCUACGUUAGUUCUAAGAUUUUUUUUUUUUUUAAUUCUACGAUUCUUGAAAUUUAAAUUCAUUGUUCAUGUUUCUUGGAGCCCAGGUGCACUCUAAUUCACAACAACUAUGUCUGCUUUCAAAGAGGGGAAAUACAUUGUAUUAGGACAGCAGUCCACAAUAUAGUAGAACAAAAAUCUCACUGUAAGUGGAAAACUAUAUAUUAUGGACCUUCCAUCUGAGUAACUCUUAAAAAGCCUAUGGAAUUCAAGUAGGAACGAGGGGACGUUAAGACAACCAGUUACUAAUGACAGAAUGCCACUCAGUAGGGGGUUAAUUCCUUUCAUAUUGCUGAGGAAAAUGCCUAACUGAGGAUUGGAUUCUUGCAGUUAAGAAGCAAUUUAGUUUAAUGGGAUUUGCACAACCGAUUAGAGAAAUGUUAGGAAAAGCCCCAAAGCAUGUAAUCUCUGCUCCAUGCUCCAGUCUCUAGAAGUAAAUGUAUUUGUAUAUAGACAGACAUAUGAAAUACAUAUUGUAGCCACUGUAAGCACAGAGUUUCUAAGAAUCAUGUAAGAAUCUCUUCAUGAACCUGAUCCUCCUACUUCACAUUGAACGAGAGGUGACAUUCCCACCAGAAAGUACCUCAAUCCCAAUAUUGUGUAUAUUGCAAAUUAAACGUUUUAAAAUAAUUUCCAAUUUCCUUCUCAA